GAAAGGCUGAUGGCGAAUAUUGUCUCGAAACAUAUAUUCCAGUUUAUCGAAAAAAUUAUAACGAAGAAAGCUAUUUUAGCUAUUCAAUGAGCGCAAUUUAUAAAGAGGAUGGUUCAUUUUUGGCGAUAUUGAAUUUGUCAGAAGAUACAACACGCAAAACCUUAACCAAUAGAAGACUAAAGUGUCUUAAUGAUUUAGGAAAUCGUAUUAGGGGUUAG